GAGGCAAAAGGGGCGAGCAGGUGGUUUGCCUCUCCGCGCUCUUGAUUGGUCAGCGAGGCGGGCGGGCAGCCAAUAGGAGGCGGUGUCUGAGGGGAGGGGGCGGGGCUAAGCGUGCUCCCGCCCACCGCUGUGAGAGGAGAAAAGAGGCGGGAAGAAAAUGGCGGGAAGAGCGGCUGAGGCGUUUGCGUCGUUGUGAGGAGAAUUGUCUGAUUUUUCUGUUUUCUGAGGAAAAAAUGGGCCGGAAUGAGGGAACCACCAUGGACCCCCCCUCCGCCUCCCCCCCACCCCCAUCGAGACCCCCCCGGGACCCCCCCAGGAGCCUCCAUUUACAGCGCCACGAACGUGAGGCCUUUUACACCCUGCUGGAGGACAGCGUGGUGCAGCAAUUCCUCUCCACAGACGUCUGCUAUCGGAUCUCUGAUAAGUACUUACUGGCCAUGGUGCUGACCUACUUCAAGCGCGCUGCUCUGCCCACCGCCGAAUACACCCGCAUCAACCUCUUCACUGCCCUGUACCUGGCCAACGACAUGGGGAGGAGGAGAGGAGAGCACAAACGAUCUUCCUUGGCUUGCCGCGCUAUGGCGCCGGCUCUUCCCCGCCUUCUCUCGUCCUCGCAAGCGUACGUCUGA